AUGGUGGGACCGAACUUUGAAUCACACAAGAGGCCAUCUCAUCGAGCUUGUGAACUCAACCAACAUCCUAAUAUCCAGUAUCACACUGCGCAACUCCCUUUCUGGACAGUACACCCGGUCUACUGCAGCAACGUGGUGAUGAAGGAUUUGACCAUACUAGCUCCCCUGAAUGCUCCAAACACAGAUGGCAUUGAUCCAGGUGUAGGUUUUGGUAGUGAGAUGUCAGGAGGCAUAUCUAAUGUGCUUGUCCGUGACCUCCACGUAUGGAAUUCUGCGCAAGCCGUGAGGCUCAAGACUGAUGUAGGACGGGGUGGGUACAUAACCUACAUCACCAUAGCCAAUGUGACCAUGGAGAAGGUCAAGGUACCGAUAAGAUUCAGUCGACGUGCAGAUGACCAUUCUGAUGACAACUAUGACCGAACCGCACUGCCAAGGAUCAGCAAUGUGCUAAUCAGUGACGUUGUCGGUGUAGACCUGCAGCGAGCACCAAUGCUGGAGGCAGUGCCUGGUGCAGUUUAUGAAGGGAUCUGCUUCAGAAACUUUAGCUUAAGAGGCAUACGGCGGCAGGACAGGUGGCAUUGCAAGUCCGUGUAUGGGGAGGCGCAUGAAGUUUUCCCUGCACCUUGUGAAGAGUUCAGGAAAAAUGGAUCUUCGUCAUGGUGUGGAUUUCUUUGA